UCUCCGCCCGUCCGGGGUCUAAAGUGUCUCUCGCCGGUCAUGUGCCAGUGUAAGGUCAUCUGCAGCAACCGGACCCUGUCCCUCAUGUUCGGGUGCAAGAAGUACAGGUACCAGGAUGAGGAGACGCCCCCCUUGGAGCACAGUCCGGCUCAUCUGGCUCCAGGGAAAAGUGCAGAGAUGCUAAACAUGAGCGACAAGAACCUCGCCGCCAUGGAGGCCAUACACGGCUACACGCAACACACACACAUCUCUCCUGUCAAGCCUGUGUUGAUGUCUACGGGACACACUCCAAUGUACACCUCCGCCGUCUCCACACUGGGAAAUACUCCUCCAGUGGUGGUGAACACUGACACACUGGAUGGCUCCCCAUACGUGAACGGGACCGAGGGAGAGAUCGAAUAUGAGGAGAUCACGCUGGAGAGGGGGAACUCGGGUCUGGGCUUCAGCAUAGCGGGAGGAACCGACAACCCUCACGUGGGCGACGACCCGAGCAUCUUCAUCACCAAAAUCAUCCCCGGAGGAGCGGCGGCUCAGGACGGGCGGCUGAGUGUGAACGACUGCAUCUUGUUUGUGAACGACGUGGACGUGAGGGAGGUGACGCACAGCCAGGCCGUGGAGGCCCUGAAGGAGGCGGGCGCCAUCGUCCGGCUCUACGUUCUGCGCAGAAAACCGGCGGCGGAGAAAGUCACCGAGCUGAAGCUCAUCAAAGGACCCAAAGGAUUAGGCUUCAGCAUCGCCGGCGGGGUGGGGAACCAGCACAUACCGGGGGACAACAGCAUCUACGUCACCAAGAUCAUCGAAGGCGGAGCGGCUCAUAAAGAUUGCCGUCUGCAGAUCGGGGACAAGAUCUUAGCGGUCGGUCAUUCACCGGUGAACAACGUGUGUCUGGAGGACGUGAUGCACGAGGACGCGGUCGGGGCUCUGAAGAACACAGCCGAGGUGGUUUACCUCCGGGUGGCCAAGCCCAACAACCUGUUCCUCACCAACUCCCACAACCACCCCGACCUCACCAGCACAUAUUCCCACAUGGACACUGAACUCAGCCACCCCAACUACCUUGGGUCCGAUUACCCACAAGCCCUCACGCCCACCUCGCCGAGUCGCUUUUCUCCCGUUCUGCACGGCAUGAUGGGAGAUGACGACAUCCCCAGGGAGCCUCGGAGAGUUCUGAUCCACCGAGGCUCCACCGGGCUGGGGUUCAACAUUGUGGGAGGAGAGGACGGAGAGGGCAUCUUCAUCUCCUUCAUCCUGGCGGGGGGGCCGGCCGACCUCAGCGGCGAGCUGCACAAGGGCGACCAGAUCCUCAGCGUGAACGGCGUGGACCUGCGUAUGGCCACGCACGAACAGGCCGCUGCAGCCUUGAAGAACGCCGGCCAGACCGUCACCAUCAUCGCUCAGUACAGACCGGAUGAGUACAGCCGCUUUGAGGCGAAGAUCCACGACCUGAGGGAGCAGCUGAUGAACAGCAGCAUGGGCUCCGGCACCACGACGCUCAGGAGCAACCCCAAGAGAGGCUUCUACAUCAGGGCUCUUUUCGACUACGACAAGACUGCUGACUGUGGCUUCCUCAGUCAGGCUCUGGGCUUCAGGUUUGGGGAUGUGCUCCAUGUGUUGGACUGUGGAGACGAGGAGUGGUGGCAGGCCCGUAGGGUCAGCCCCCAGAACGAAGCCGAGGAGGUCGGCUUCAUCCCGAGCAAACACAGGUCAGACUUUUCCCUAGCGGAAAGAAAAGAGUGGUCUCGCGUUAACACCAAAGAGAGGGAGCACGGUCGAGACGGCUUGGGCACCCUAGGGAGAGAAAAAACCUCACAAAGUUACGAGACCGUCACUCAAGUGGAAGUUCAUUACGCGAGGCCCAUCAUCAUUCUGGGUCCCGUGAAAGACAGAAUCAACGACGACCUGCUGUCCGAGUUCCCCGAUAAGUUUGGAUCUUGUGUCCCGCACACCACGCGGCCCAAGAGGGAGUACGAGGUGGACGGACGGGACUACCACUUUGUGUCGUCACGGGAACAGAUGGAGAAGGACAUCCAGAGCCAUCGCUUCAUCGAGGCCGGCCAGUACAACAGUCACCUGUACGGCACCAGCGUGCAGAGCGUCCGCGAGGUGGCGGAGCAGCAGGGGAAACACUGCAUCCUGGACGUGUCGGCCAACGCCGUGCGCAGACUACAAGCCGCUCAGCUUCACCCCAUCGCCAUCUUCGUCCGGCCCAAGUCACUGGAGAACGUUCUAGAGAUCAACACGCGGCUGGCGGAGGAGCAGGCCAGGAAAGGAAUGGACCGAGCCCUCAAACUAGAACAAGACUUCCUGGAGUGUUUCUCGGCCGUCGUGGAGGGCGACAGCUUCGAGGAGGUUUACCACAAAGUAAAGACAGUGAUCGAGGAGCAGUCGGGGCCUUACAUCUGGAUCCCCACCCGGGAGAGGCUGUGAUGCUGCACCCCAUCCGCCCCCCCCCCUCCCCUGGCCCCGCCCCCUUUUCUCAAAAACCACCAACCGACACCUUUUUCACCCUCAUGGCCGAGCCGCCGGUCGAGCCUCGCCCGGCCGUCGGUCAAUCACUGAGGACGACACACGGAGAGAGAGAGAGACCAAUGCGUAUGGGACAAACACAGGAAGUGGCACAGGAAGUGACACAGGAAGUGGCACGGUGGGGGGGAAGGUACGAUACCAGAAGAAGAAGAGACUCUGAGACCGAUGUGAACACAGCGAUGUGCGAGAGCCCGGGAGAAAAGACUCAGUCGGCGUUCCACUCUAAGGAGGCGGGGCUUCACACUCGGCAUUCAAAUGCAUCUCGGCCACGAACGCACGACUCUAGUCACAGUUGGGGGGGGGGGGGGGGGGUUGUCAAGGUAACGACGUAACGUGUGUUUUUGAAAUGUGAAGCGAAAUCCAAUUGCAAGCGAUUUACUUUUAAGGAGGUUAUUUCCGAUGCGUCGUGAUGCCGCGUGUGAACCCCGCAGUCCAUCGGAAGCUCAGACCAACGUCUGGACACGAGGUCACGGGGUCAGAGCGGUGGCCCCCCCCCCCCCUCCAUUCAACACCUCCAACGCGCCUAUGAUGGAGAUGGAGACUCUGGCCCUCUUUUUAUAUCACCUCCCGGCUUCCUGUCCUCCUCCUCCUCCUGUCGGCUCCGCCUUGUUUCAGGACAGGAAGGGGGGGGGGGGCGGGGCGACGGAGACCGGAUCCUGCUCAGUCCCUCAAGUGUCCCCCCCCCCCCUUUUUUUUCUUGUGAAUCUCCUCUUGGUUAUAUAAACUCAGAAUAACAGCUCAGUGACCUCCCCCCCCCCUCCUCCUCUUCCUCCUCCUCCUCCUCCCCGAGACUGAAAAUUGAAUAUUUUGCGAUGCGUUUAUUUAAAGGGGAAGUUCGAAUAAUUCUAAUGAUUUAAAAAAAAAAAAACUACUUUAUAUGCUGAAUUUGUGCAUGCAUCCUCAAAAAGACAACGGGGGCGACGGGGAGACGAAAACUUUGGGGAAAUCUGACUUGAAGAAGAAGAAGAAAAAAGAUACACAAAAAAAAGAAAGAAAGAAAGUGGGGUGUGUUCUCCUUCUCCACCGCCUUUAUUGUGGAGGGGUGUUUUUUUUAGCAUGUCUCAUGAAGGAAGAAGAGAAGAGUGACCCAGUCAUGAGGUCAUGGAGAGGCCGAACCUGAGCGCACACGCACACACACACACACACACACACACACACACACACACACACAUUACAGGGCUGCUCCGACCUGCCGGUCAGACUCCAGGAUGAAUGUUUCCUCUCUGGGCCUCAAAGCGGCUUCAUCGCGUCGCUCUUCCAGAAGAAUCCCUCAAGCCGCAAGACGUGCACACCGUUUCCAGUGGUAAAAAGCCAUGGCGUGUGUGUGUGUGUGUGUGUGUGUGUGUGUGAGCUCCUCUUCCUGGGAGGAAUAGGUCUUCUUUUACUCUCUAUCUUCCACUUUUUCUCUGCUUCUUUUUUCUCCCUCUUGUGUCCGACACGAAUUAAAGCAAAGUCAUGUCUAACAAAUAAAUGGCCUAUAUAUAUAUAUAAAUAUAUAUAUAUAAAUAUAAAUAAAUAUAUAUAUCUUUUUUAUGACAAUUUCUAACGGGACUAAGUCUGUAAAAGUCGACAUCUCCAAACGCUAUUCCAUUGGUUCCUUUUGGGGUAAUAUUGCCGUUUGGUUGUUGGAUUUACUCACAUUCCCAUUUUAUUGUUGUAAAAAUAACGUAAAGCAGACCUCACGCUCUCGCUGCGGAACGACACACAGCGGACAUGUCGGGGAAACCAAGUGACACACGUGGACAAUGCAGCCGUGUGUGAAUGUGUGUGUAAGUGUCUGUGUGUGUGUGUGUGUGUGUGCGGGUGAAAACAUGCAUUGUGUAUACAAUAUAAAUGAUACUAUAUGAGAAUAUUUAUUCUUUAUAACAUCCACUGGUGGUUAUAAUGUAUAAUACAUUAAUGUGUGUGUGCGUGUGUGUGUGUGUGUGUGUGCGUGUGCCAGAGAGAGUGUGAGACGCACAUGAAGACGUAGUGCAAUACUGCUGACGAUGUUAUGCAAUGCAGGUGUGAAGAGGAGAGGCCGACGGCCUCGAGGCGGCGAGCGUGUGUUCGUGUUCUCAGAGCGAAGCUGGAAGUCUUGAUGGACGUAAACAUUCAUAUUUAUUGUUUAUUAUUGUUUUUGAGGACGAGCAUCGACUUUUGGUUCAUGAUUUAUUUAUAUCCGUCACAGGUUUCCCUCUCAAGUCGGUAUAUUUUCGUAUAUUUCCGUAUAUUUUCGUAUAUUUUUUUCUUUUUUCUCCACAUUGAGAGAGUUUUGGGCCGAGAAACGCUGUAAAUACAAGACGAGAUGUCGGCGUGCAUGUGUGCACACUGCAGAGGAUUGAUGAGCGUACAGGGAUCCAUCAGAGCCACACACACACACACACACACACACACAUAUAUAUAUAGAUAUAUAUGUGUGUGUGUGAAUAUCAGUACAUCCAUUUAGACAUAGAGCAAAUCACAGAAACAACACCAGACACACACAUACACACACACUUACACACACACACACACUUACACACACACACCCGACACACACACACACUUACACACACACCUAAACACACACACACCCGACACACACACACUUAUGCACACACUUACACACAUAUAUAUAUAUAUGUGUAUAUAUAUAUAUAUGUAUAUAUAUAUCAUUACAUCCAUUUACACAUAAAGUGAAUCACCGAAACAACCCCCAACACACACACACACACAGAAUCAAAGAAACACCCGACACACACACACAUCCAUGAAUGAAAUAUGUUUUUAUUUUUAUUUCUUUAAUGUAUUUCUUAUUUAAUCUCUCAGCCGCCAUCCGUAUCAUAGUGUGAUAUUCCUUAUAAAAAUAUAUGAAUUUUUACAGAAAAGACCGAUUAUGAUCAAAGUUACAGCCGAUGCAGAAAAAUAUAUUUAACGACGACGACGACGACAAUAUCAAGCAAAAAUUAAACAAAUGUUCCAGUUCAGUGAAGCGCGUGUUGUAAAUUAGCUAUAAAAUAAAAAUAAAAAUGAAUUUAAAAAAUGC